UCAGUUUAUCUGAAGAUCAUCAUAAAAAAAAAGAAGCAGGAACUGGCUAACUCGAGUGAGAUAAUACUGGAGGAAGAGAGCCGUGAGGACCGGAACAAGUGGGUGGUUCUGGCGCUAUAUGAAGCGUUGAACGCCAGAGACGUGGACGCUGUGCACCGGCUUCUGGCACCGGACAUCGAGUGGUGGUUCCAUGGACCGCCGGCGUUCCAGCACAUGAUGCGUUUGCUGACCGGCGCGUCUACGCACGAGCCGUUUGAGUUUGUUCCACUGCACGUGCAGGCUUUGGAAAGCACUGUGUUGGUUGAGGGUUGUGAUAAGACACGCUCUGUGUUUUGGGUUCAUGCUUGGACUGUUUCAACGGAUGGGGUAAUAACUCAGGUGAGGGAGUACUUUAAUACUUGUCUCACUGUUACUCAGGCUAAAAAGCACUGUUUGUUGCCGGUGUGGAGGAGUAGGUUGCCGGACAGGGCUGGCAAGUCAUUGCCUGGUCUUGUUCUUGCUAUAUAGUUUUUCUUAUUGUUAGUUUGUUUGUUUGUUUGUUUUAGUACUCUGUUUGUUUUGUUGUUUAUGGGCUGAGGUUUGUGUGUGGUUCUGUGUUUGUUUAAUUGUUUGUAAGUGGUUUGUAAAACUUGUUGUAAGUGGAGAGGAUGAAGGUGGUGGGGAAGUGGGAUGAGAAUUGGAAUAAUAAAAGAUGGUGUUUUAUUAUUA